GAAACCUCCAAAGUCCAAACUCUCCACAACCAUGUCCGUCGGCGCCGCCGACUGGCUCCCGGCCGCGACCGUCAUGGCGUCCGGCCGGCCGGUGCUGUCCGCCGGCGAGAUCGAGCGGCACCUGCUUCCGCUCGUCGACCUGGAGCCCGAGGAGAACCCCCGCCUCGCGCCCCUCCGUGGUUGCCUCCUCGUGCUCACCUCCCACCGGCUCGUCUUCCUCCACGAGGCCUCCCUCUCCGCCCGCGCCCUCCCGCUCGCGUCCAUCAUCCACACCUACCCGCCCCACCGCAGGCACAACCACAGCCCACUCCGCUCCCUCUUCUCCUCCUCGUCCUCCUCGUCGUCGUCGCAUCACCCGCGCAUCCGCAUCCAGAUCUCCCUGCCCCUGUCGCGGUCGGAGGUCGUCGCCGUCGUCGUCACCUGCAAGGCGGACGUGGAUGUGUUCUACGGGAGGCUGCUCGAGGUCAUCCGCACGAGGGCCUGGGAGGCGACCGCCUCGGCUGCUCCGGCCAGUGGCGCCCCGGUGGCUGAGGGAGCCGCCCCAGCCGAGGAGGAUCUGGCGAUCAGGAUGCCCGUGGUUGGAGUGGCGGGGAUACUGCGGAAGGAGCAGGAGACGUGGGAGAGCGCGGGGCAGAACUUGCAGGAUGCCUUCCAGGAUCUCAAUGCCCUCAUGAGCAAAGCCAAGGAAAUGAUGGAGCUGGCAGAGAAAAUGAGGCAAAAGCUAUUGACGAACUCAUCUGCUCAAUCGAAUUCUAAUGACGAAGAGAUGGGUUCUAAGCAAGACUUGCAGGAUUUGCUAUUGAGCGUAGGCAUCGUGUCUCCUGUGACAAAGGAAACUGCUGGUGCUUUGUACCAUCAGCAGCUUUCACGACAGCUGGCUGACUUUGUAAGAGUACCAGUUGAGAGAGCAGGUGGUAUGAUGGCACUAGUCGAUGUCUACUGUCUCUUCAACCGUGCUAGGGGAACAGAGUUGAUCUCACCAGAGGAUCUUUUGCAAGCUUGCUCCCUUUGGGAGAAAUUUGAUGUCCCAGUAAUGCUCCGGAAAUUUGAUAGUGGAGUGAAGGUCAUCCAGACCAAGACGCAUAGUGAUGAUGAGGUAUUUGCAAGAAUAUCAUCACUCGCGCAAAAGCCGGACGCUCUUCUGAAAGGAAUAAGCCCCAGCGACGCUGCAUUUACACUGGGGAUUGCACCAGCUUUAGCAAAGGAGCAUCUUCUAAAUGCAGAAAACAAAGGUCUCCUCUGCAGGGAUGUCAGUCCAGAUGGGUUCCGUUUCUACAUCAAUUUGUUUAACGAGAUUGAUCUCCAGAAUAUUCAUUUGCCAAAAACUCAUGGACUAUACCACACCUGGAUCUCUGUGGCAACGGCAGCACAUUGACACAGUUUUGGUAGAGGUGGAGUUCAGCUGAUUGAAUGUUGAUGUGACUAUUUUGCCUGAAUACUCCCCUGUGUUGUAUCUCAUCUAAUUCAUCUGUAAAGUAAUAUAACAGUGUUUAUAGAUCACUAAAGUAGUGAUCUAAACGCUCUUAUAUUACUUUACGGAGGAAGUACAAAUUACGAGACAUAACGUUUUCAUCAUUUGGUUGAUAAAUGACUUGUGGUGUGCUGUAUAUGUAAGUUGAGUUGAGGAUUUUGGAUGGUUUUUACCGAGCCACAAAGAGUUUCAACAAAGGCACGUAAAGGGGGGCAACAUUUUUCUUUGCCAGUCAUUAUGUACUGCAAAGUUGGGAGUUAAUAUAUCCUGAUACAAGCUACUGCAGAAA